CAAAAUUUUUUUUUAAAAAAAAAAAAAGAAAAAAAGGAAAAAAAAAAAACCCGUUGAAAAUGGAAACUGUCCUGACUGCCACCAACACUAGGCAAUUCAAUCUCUCCUUAAAGCCUCGCUCUUUUUCUCUUCUCUUCUCCAAAGAAGACCGUAGAAGAAGAAGAACUUCAACUGCUUGGAGAACCCAACCUCUUCCCAUCUCUCUUAGUAUUUCUGCAAAUUCCCAAACUACCCCUACUUCUUCCAUGGCAGCUCCCUCCACCUCUCGCAUCCCAUCUGACAUGAAAGCUUGGGUGUAUGGAGAAUAUGGAGGCGUCGACGUAUUGAAAUUCGACGAAAAGGUUUCAGUCCCUGAAGUGAAAGAAGAUCAGGUUCUGGUGAAGGUUGUGGCAGCCGCGCUCAAUCCCAUCGAUUUCAAGAGGAGGCAGGGCAAAUUCAAAGCUACUGAUUCUCCUUUACCUACUGUUCCAGGCUAUGAUGUUGCUGGUGUGGUAGUGAAGGUAGGCAGUCAAGUGAAAAAUCUGAAGGAAGGUGAUGAAGUAUAUGGAGAUAUCAAUGAGAAAGCUUUGGAAUUUCCUAAACAGUUCGGAUCAUUGGCCGAAUACACCGCCGUAGAGGAAAAGCUGUUGGCUAUAAAACCCAAGAAUCUUGAUUUUAUACAGGUUGCUGGCCUUCCUCUUGCGAUCGAGACUGCUUACGAAGGUCUUGAGAAGGCUGGAUUUUCUGCAGGCAAAUCCAUCCUUGUAUUGGGUGGUGCUGGUGGGGUUGGAUCAUUGGUAAUUCAGCUAGCGAAGCAGGUUUUCAAUGCUUCAAGAGUCGCAGCCACUGCUAGCACAAGAAAACUGGAACUGUUGAGGAGCUUGGGAGCUGAUUUGGCAAUUGACUACACAAAAGAGAACUUCGAAGAACUACCUGAGAAAUUCGAUGUUGUAUAUGAUGCAGUGGGGCAGUGUGAUAAGGCAGUUAAAGCGGUUAAGGAAGGCGGCAGCGUUGUCGUGCUAACUGGUCCAGUCUCUCCCCCAGGUUUCAGAUUCGUGGUCACUUCGAAUGGCUCAGCUCUGACGAAACUCAACCCGUAUUUGGAGAGCGGAAAGGUGAAGCCAGUGCUAGACCCAUCGGGCCCAUAUCCAUUCUCUCAGGUUACAGAAGCCUUUUCAUAUCUUGAGAAGGGGCAUGCCAUUGGAAAGGUGGUCAUAUAUCCAAUUCCUUGAAAAACCGUUUUUUUUUCGCAGUGUAGUAAAUCUUCUCUAGUAAACAUGCCAUUUUAGCUAUCGAUCGUGGGUUUUAGUGUAGCUGAUCCUGAUUAUUUGGGAUAAGGCUUAGAUGAUGGUGGUGAUCGUUCGUGGGUUUUAGUGUUUGAUCUUGUAUUUUCACCUUGUUUUGUGUUAUUGGAGGUUUUGAGUCUUCCUCUCUGAGGCUGAUGUAUUCGAGUUUUAUCUCUGCAAUAUAUGGCUAUGUUGUCACAUUGAUCUAAUACAAACAUAUAUUAAGGUGUGGAAACGAAUACGGCUGCUUGUCAUUGCA